AUGGCUGCGUGGGUUUAUCGGGAUUGUGUUGUCACAUUGUAUGGUCGGGACACCAUGGCCGAUCUCAUUGAAUUGCGGAUGGUGGAUUUUGAUGACCAUGCCGAUCACCUCAGGGAAGUUCUACAGACUCGACGUCAGCACCAGUUGUAUGCGAAGUUUUUGAAUUGUGAAUUUGGGCUUGAAUCUGUCACAUUCUUGGGUCAUCUCGUCUCCAAAGAAGAAAUUAAGGUUGAUCCUCAGAAUAUUGCAGUUCUGAAGAAUUGGCCUAGACCUACUACCCCAACAGAGAUCCGCAGUUUCUUGGGCUUAGCUGGAUAUUACAGGAAGUUUGUGGAGGGGUUCUCUACUCUUGCCUCUCCGUUGACUAAAUUGGCGCAGAAGGUGGUUAAGUUCCAAUGGUCAGAUGCUUGUGAAAGAAGCUUCCAAGAGUUGAAAUCAAGAUUGAUUACGGCGCCGGUGUUGACCCUACCAAAGGAUACGGAUGGUCUAAAAGCAUUGAAUUGUGCUCCCGAAACUGAUGAAAUUGUGCAAAAUUUCAGGAAAGAUGGAAGUAGAUCUCCCGAGAUGAAAUCCGACUCAAAAAAGAGUAUACCGAAGCACAAGGCAAUAAAAGGCACAUAA